GGGAGGUGCGAGCCGGGCACCGCCCCCGGCCCCUCCCCGGCCCUCCCCGCGCAGCGCUCAGACCGCGGGCGGCCCAGGGGCGGGCGCGCCGCUGCAUCCCCAUCCUCGUCGUCGCCCGGCACAGCGCGAGCGGGCGAGCGGCGCGGGCGGCCGGAGCGCCGAGGCCCGGCCAUGGCCACCACCAGCACCACGGGCUCCACCCUGCUGCAGCCCCUCAGCAACGCCGUGCAGCUGCCCAUCGACCAGGUCAACUUUGUAGUGUGCCAACUCUUUGCCUUGCUAGCAGCCAUUUGGUUUCGAACUUAUCUACAUUCAAGCAAAACUAGCUCUUUUAUAAGACAUGUAGUUGCUACCCUUUUGGGCCUUUAUCUUGCACUUUUUUGCUUUGGAUGGUAUGCCUUACACUUUCUUGUACAAAGUGGAAUUUCCUACUGUAUCAUGAUCAUCAUAGGAGUGGAGAACAUGCACAAUUACUGCUUUGUGUUUGCUCUGGGAUACCUCACAGUGUGCCAAGUUACUCGAGUCUAUAUCUUUGACUAUGGACAAUAUUCUGCUGAUUUUUCAGGCCCAAUGAUGAUCAUUACUCAGAAGAUCACUAGUUUGGCUUGCGAAAUUCAUGAUGGGAUGUUUCGGAAGGAUGAAGAACUGACUUCCUCACAGAGGGAUUUAGCUGUAAGGCGCAUGCCAAGCCUACUGGAGUAUUUGAGUUACAACUGUAACUUCAUGGGGAUCCUGGCAGGCCCACUUUGCUCUUACAAAGACUACAUUACUUUCAUUGAAGGCAGAUCAUACCAUAUCACACAAUCUGGUGAAAAUGGAAAAGAAGAGACACAGUAUGAAAGAACAGAGCCAUCUCCAAAUACUGCGGUGAUUCAGAAGCUCUUAGUUUGUGGGCUGUCCUUGUUAUUUCACUUGACCGUCUGUGCGACAUUGCCUGUGGAGUACAACAUUGAUGAGCAUUUUCAAGCUACAGCCUCGUGGCCAACAAAGAUUAUCUAUCUCUAUAUCUCUCUUUUGGCUGCCAGACCCAAAUACUAUUUUGCAUGGACGCUAGCUGAUGCCAUUAAUAAUGCCGCAGGCUUUGGUUUCAGAGGGUAUGACAAAAAUGGAGCAGCUCGCUGGGACUUAAUUUCCAAUUUGAGAAUUCAACAAAUAGAGAUGUCAACAAGUUUCAAGAUGUUUCUUGAUAAUUGGAAUAUUCAGACAGCUCUUUGGCUGAAAAGGGUGUGUUAUGAACGAACCUCCUUCAUUCCAACUAUCCAGACGUUCAUUCUCUCUGCCAUUUGGCACGGGGUAUACCCAGGAUAUUAUCUAACGUUUCUAACAGGGGUGUUAAUGACAUUAGCAGCACGAGCUAUGAGAAAUAACUUUAGACAUUAUUUCAUUGAACCUUCCCAACUGAAAUUAUUUUAUGAUGUUAUAACAUGGAUAGUAACUCAAGUAGCAAUAAGUUACACAGUUGUGCCAUUCGUACUUCUUUCUAUAAAACCGUCAUUCACGUUUUACAGCUCCUGGUAUUACUGCCUGCACAUUCUUGGUAUCUUAGUAUUAUUGUUGUUGCCAGUGAAAAAAACUCAAAGAAGAAAGAAUACACAUGAAAACGUUCAGCUCUCACAAUCCAAAAAGUUUGAUGAAGGAGAAAAUUCUCUGGGAUGGAACAGUUUUUCUACAACAAACAAUGUUUGCAAUCAGAAUCAAGAAAUAGCCUCGAGACAUUCAUCACUAAAGCAGUGAUCGGGAAGGCUCGGAGGGCUGUUUUUUUUUUUUGAUGUUAACAGAAACCAAUCUUAGCAUCUUUUCAAGGGGUUUGAGUUUGUUGGAAAAGCAAUGAACUGGGGGGAAAUGGACAGUUAUAGAUAAGGAAUUUCCUGUACACCAGUUUGGAAAUGGAGUGAACAAGCCCUCCCAUGCCAUGUCCCCGUGGGCCACGCCUUAUGUAAGAAUAUUUCCAUAUUUCAGUGGGCACUCCCAACCUCAGCACUUGUCCGUAGGGUCACACACGUGCCCUGUUGCUGAAUGUACGUUGCGUAUCCCAAGGCACUGAAGAGGUGGAAAAAUAAUCGUGUCAAUCUGGAUGAUAGAGAGAAAUUAACUUUUCCAAAUGAAUGUCUUGCCUUAAACCCUCUAUUUCCUAAAAUAUUGUUCCUAAAUGGUAUUUUCAAGUGUAAUAUUGUGAGAACGCUACUGCAGUAGUUGAUGUUGUGUGCUGUAAAGGAUUUUAGGAGGAAUUUGAAACAGGAUAUUUAAGAGUGUGGAUAUUUUUAAAACGCAAUAAACAUCUCAGUAUUUGAA